UGGUGCGAGCGCUGCAGCAGUACGCGGAGGACAGAAGCACAGAGGAACACAAGUUGAGCUCAAUGGAAAUGUUGUCCAAACUUUUGCUAACUCUGUGUGUGUGCGCGCUUUUGCAGAUCCCCACUGCCGAUGGACAGAAGAAAAAAGAGGCGCUGAUGUCGGAGAAGGUGGCCCAGCUCAUGGAGUGGACCUCCAAGCGUUCAGUAAUCAGAAUGAAUGGGGACAAAUUCCGGCGCUUUGUUAAAGCUCCUCCUCGGAACUACUCCAUGGUGAUCAUGUUCACGGCCCUGCAGCCUCAGAGGCAGUGUGGGGUUUGCAGACAAGCUGACGAAGAGUUUCAGGUGCUGGCUAAUUCCUGGCGUUAUUCCUCAGCCUUCACCAACAAAGUCUUUUUUGCUUCAGUGGAUUUUGAUGAAGGGUCGGAUGUCUUCCAAAUGUUGAACAUGAAUUCGGCUCCUACGUUCUUGCACUUCCCGGCCAAAGGGAGGCCGCGGCGAGCAGACACAUAUGAGCUGCAGGUGCGAGGGUUUGCAGCGGAGCAGUUAGCACGCUGGGUAGCAGACAGGACUGAUGUUAUGAUCCGUGUGAUCCGGCCUCCAAACUAUGCAGGGCCUUUGCUCUUAGGUUUGCUGCUUGCUGUGAUCGGAGGACUGGCUUAUCUGCGCAGACAUAACCUGGAAUUCCUCUUCAACAAGAACAUGUGGGCAUUCUCUGCACUGUGCUUUGUUUUGAUCAUGACUUCAGGACAGAUGUGGAACCACAUCCGGGGGCCGCCUUAUGCCCACAAGAACCCCAGCACUGGGCAGAUUAGUUACAUCCACGGCAGCAGCCAAGCCCAGUUUGUGGCUGAAACACACAUUGUGCUCCUGUUUAAUGCGGCGGUGACUCUGGGGAUGGUACUGCUGUGUGAAGCUGCCACGUCACCUCUGGACAUCGGCAAAAGGAAAAUAAUGUGUGUGGCGGGGAUCGGGCUGGUGAUGCUGUUUUUCAGCUGGCUGCUGUCUGUAUUUCGAGCUAAGUACCAUGGAUAUCCAUACAGCUUUCUGAUGGCAUAAUAUGCCACCUGCUGGUGCCAGUCAGUGCCUUUAACCUCAAGUUCCUGGUCAAAGCCAUAACAUGCAAAAAGGAAAAACACAUGUCCAUGAGAGAAGCCUCCAUAAAAGCAUAUAUUUUACUCAAGUGCCUAAUCCAAUUAUAAUUCUAAAACGAUGAGAUUCCAUUGUAUGUGUUUGUAUGGUUUAAGCCUGUACACGUGUUCUUCUUAAGUGUGCUUAUGAAAAUCUUUUAUUAAAGAAAAUGUUAUAGGCUUAUGUGUGUCCCCAAAGAGAAUUGUUCUGUAAAUCAACCUUUGAACGUUUGUGAAAUUCAAAAUCUUACAUACUAUCUUUUUAAAAUAUUAUUUAAAAUAAAAGCAAUAUUUAUGGUUUUGA